UAUAUUAAAAACAAAUUUACACAUUGAAAUGUGAGUGUGAGGGUUAUUUAUAAGGCACACAUUCAUCUUUUCUGUGCCUGGCCAUUCCGUUUCCCAGAUCUGCUCCUUCCGUUCCCCCUCAGAAAUCAGUUGAAGAGCAUGGGUCGUGGAGUUAGCAGUGGUGGUGGUCAAAGUUCAUUGGGUUAUCUUUUUGGCAGUGGAGAGGCCCCUGCCCCAAAACCAGCAACAAAUAAUGCCCCAGCCCAACCUGAAGUGCAGGCUGUAAAUAAUGUGCCUCCUCCAAAAGCAUCUCCUCCUACUAAAACAAUAGACCCUAACAAGGCUGCUGGUAUCAACAGUCAUUCUACUGAUGGCCAGAACACCGGCAACUUCAUCACGGACCGACCCUCAACCAAGGUCCAUGCUGCCCCUGGUGGUGGUUCUUCCCUAGGUUAUCUCUUUGGUGAACCUGGGGAGGGGAAAUGAUACCUUGUUUGCAAAGCUUUUGCUCGAUGAUGAAUGAUUUAUUUUGAAAUUCAGGUCGUGGAAACAUAAUGGAAGAUAUGGUGUAUUAUAGGUUAUGGUUGCUACGAUAAGUGAGUCAAGAGUGCUAUAUUUUGGAUGUGCUAAACAUCUAUUACAGAACUGUGUUUGACAGAAACAAAUAUCUCUAUUAAGUAUUAAGUGCACAUUUGCUUCCAAUUUUGUA